GUUUUGUUUCAAUACCCCGUACAGUAGGUGGGGGCAAUACAACAAUAGAUGGUCUGCCAUAAAACUUUAAAGAAGAAGAAGAAGAACUCUGUGCGUCUCUGCUAGAAGUUGCACUGUUUCUGACCUAUAAAGCUAGAACCACUUGACAAAAUGUUUCGAAGAAAACUGACAGCGUUGGAUUAUCAUAACCCCUCUGGAUUUGACUGCAAAGAUGAGACAGAGUUCAGGAAUUUCAUUGUGUGGCUGGAGGACCAGAAAAUUAGACACUACAAAAUUGAAGACCGUGGCAACCUGAGAAAUAUCCCCAGCUCGGAAUGGGCCAAGUCCUUUGAGCAGUAUCUUCAAGAUGUGAACUGCCCAUUCACUGUCCAAGAGAGACCGGAGUCGGUAGACUGGUUGCUGGGUCUAGCAGUUCGGUUCGAGUAUGGCGACAAUGGCUCCCCAGUUGAGAAGUACAAGAACUGCCCGCCAGCCACGGCCACCGAGGCGGAGAAACCCUUGGAUCCCCUCAUCCAUCUGGACAGCAACAACCCAGACUUUAAGGCUGGCGUGAUGGGCCUGGCUAACAUGCUGAAGAUCCAGCGUCACGACGACUACCUGGUCAUGCUGAAGGCUAUAAGGAUCCUCAUCCAAGAGAGGCUGACCCCAGAAGCCAUAGCCAAGGCCAGCCAGUCUAAAGAGGGUCUCCCUGUGGCCUUGGACAAGCACAUCCUCGGCUUUGAUACCGGAGACGCCACCCUGAACGAGGCGGCUCAGAUCCUACGUCUGCUCCACAUCGAGGAGCUGCGAGACCUGCAGACCCGGAUCAACGAGGCCAUAGUAGCCGUCCAGGCUAUCAUCGCAGAUCCCAAAACAGACCACCGCCUGGGCAAGGUCGGCAGAUGACAUGGCCUGCCUGAUCCCUUGACCUCUGCCCUAUAACCCCCAACACACGCGGUCUGUGGAAAAGCAGUAGCAGUCACACAAACUCUACAUGGAUAUUGGUCCAAGACCCUGUUAUUUUAUUUUGACCCCCCCCCCGCCCCCCUCUCUAACAACCAUGAUGAAGCCUUUUUGAUUGUGAUGUUUUUGUGAAGGAUUUGGAAAGAUUGGAAUGAAUUUUUUGUUUUGGAAGGGGAAUUAGCCUUUUCGUGGAAUGAGUGUUGGAAUGAAAAUGUGUGAAAUGCAUAGUAAAAAAAGAAAUGUGUGUUUUUUUUUUUGUUCAUAAGAAAUGGGAAGUCCUACCAGAUUCUCUGCUGAAAUGACCCAUGAGAGAAUGUCUGUUUUAAGUCCUGAAUCACAUUUUAUUGUUAUAAAUAUCACAUCUUACAAAAAAUAAAGGAUUAAAAAAAGCACUGGUAAAACAGA